ACAUAUAAACUAGAAAUAGCGGAGCAACCUGUACAGUGCCGGAUUAGUAGUGACAAUGACAAAGACCGAAGACCGAUCGAUCCUGCGCCGAUAAUUAAAUUAACAGUUUUAGACAAAGACAAUCAAAGAAUUCAAGAUCCAGGGGAAAGUCCGUUUUAUGUUAUGCAUGUCUCGCUCUGGUCUGUGGACAUGAAGACACAGUAUGAUCUUGUAGAAAAUAGUCGAGUCUUGACUGGGUCACUCGUCAGCUCCCCUUCGCUUCUUAAAGACUUACAAGAUGAAUUCGCUUACUUUUUUGCGUUCUCUGACCUGAGCAUACGAUUGACAGGUCGAUAUCGAUUACGAUUUAGUCUAGUUCAUAUAGCAAGGUAUAAAAAAAAGAGGUCACUUGUAAAAAAUUACUUAAACAGGAUUGAGUAG